AGGAGGGGCAGACAGACAGAGUGUAGCGGGCUGGGGGGCUGCGCAGAAUCAAACACAACCCCGAGGUUCAGAACGCAACCUCCAUCUCUCUCACCAAGAAACACCAGCGGGAAAAAAACAAGAUGAGGGCUGUGUUCUCCCUGGCCCUGCUGCUCCUCCUAGCCUUGAUGCUCGUCUCCUCUGAGGCUGCUAGGAACAAGAAAGAGAAGGGAAAGGGCUCCAAGGGUGCCUCAGACUGUGCGGAGUGGCGCUAUGGCAACUGCGUCGCCAAUAACGGAGACUGUGGGCUGGGCGUACGGGAAGGGACAUGUGACGAGCAGACCAGGAAGUUGAAGUGUAAAGUCCCCUGCAACUGGAAGAAGCAGUUUGGAGCUGACUGUAAGUACAAGUUUGGCAACUGGGGAGAGUGUGACUCGACCUCCAACACUAAGACUCGUGCUGGAACCCUGAAGAAAGCUCUGUUCCAUUCUGAGUGCCAGGACACCAUCCAGGUCUCCAAGCCCUGCUCUCUGAAGACCAAGCCGAAAGGGAAGAAGGGGAAGGUGAGGGAGAACUAGAAUGAAGAAGUGAUCUUCGAACCAAUGUCACACAACUGGAAGUAGAAGCGCUAAACUGGGAUUGGUUGGAUGGGUUUUACAUAACUUCCUGUGUACAAUAUUCCUGUCACUAUGUGUUUGAGUUUGGGAAUUUCUAUACCGUAGUUGAACAAGUCUUAAAGACGCACAGGCUUGUUGAGAAUAUCUUAUAAGCAAUAGAGGUUUGUGUGUUAUUAAUCCUGUAUGGGCAUCAUGUUCUAUUGCUGUGGUUUCAUACGUCUCUUACCAGUAUCUAGUAUUUCUAACCUGAAGUGGAUUCUUACUGUGUGCCAAUUAUUAGGAGUAGAUGAAUGCAAAUCAACUAUUUUUCUAGAAGAAUGAGGAUGUUCACCUCAGUGUAUUAUUCUAUACCAUAUACUAUACUAGUAUAUACUGUACUAUACUAUGUACUAUAGUAUAUACUAUUCUAUACAAUGUCUGAAUAUCCCCUUAAAUGCAGUCACUGUAAAGAAUAUAGUGGUGAUACUGAAGCAGUUUAUACUGUCUACUUCACUUGAGGCAAUGGUGUGGGUUAGUAGUAGAGUAUCUGUUGAAUUUACAAGCCCCAUAUCCACACCUCCUUUCCUUCAUCCUCACCCCUGUGUAUUUUGUAUCUUCCAUGCAAUAAAGUUUCUGAGUUUA